GUUUGAACUUACAGUGCUCAAGUCCUGGCAACAUAUAGGCAGGGGAAAUGUCUCUUCCAAGAUUGUGUUUGAGAGAAUUAAUCAAUGAAGACAUCCAGAUCUGGAAUUCUUUAUGUCGACCAGAAGUAAACAUCAGAACAUAUGAUAAUGUCACACCAAUCAGUGAAUCAAGGAGGACAUUAUGGAAUCAAGAAUACUUCACUAUGACAUUUCCCAAACCACCCCAGCCAGGUAGAAAAAAGAUAUCAAGACCUUCAGAAUUACAAAUCACAGUUCCUAGACAUGACAAAAGAAAAUUAGAGGAAGUUCAGAAGCCAGCUCAUAUAUGGAUAAGGCAUUCUUUAAGAAAAAUUUUCCAAAGGCCAUCUAUUUACUUAACUGCAAGGAGACGGGUUCCAUUCAGACAUCCUUAUACUCCUCAAACCCAUUCUGAAAAGGCGGAAUAUAGAGAGUCCAAAGAUAUCAAAAAAGGAACAACUUUGAAGAAAGAUUCCAUGGAAAAUACAGGCCCACAUGAAACAACUUUAGAAUCCAAAAAAACAGUAAAUGAAGAGAAAUCUAAAAGAGGAAAUAAAGUAGGUAAAACUCCAUCAAAAUCAUUGCAUGAAAGUGAACUAUAUAAGAAGUCAAAGUCCAAGUCAGAAAUAAACCCAUACUCCAUAGAUUCUAAAAUGGUCUCAAUGAUAGAUCCAAAAAAAGAUAAGAGAGAUUCAAAGAAUUCCAAGGAGACAGAUAUUGAAUCCAUAUGUACAAAGAAGGAUUCUAAGAGCUCAAAGAACAAUUCUGAUGCCAAAUCAGAGACUUGCUCUAAAGAUAGUUCAAAUAUAGAUUUAAUGAUGUAUUUAGAGGAGUCUGGCGCUGAAUCCAUGGAACUUGAUAUGUGGUUAAAGAAUUACUCACAGAAUAAUUCGAAGAAGCCUUCAAAGGACUCAAAGAAGGAUGCAAAGAAGAGCUCUGAUGCUGAAUCUGUAGAUUCAAAAGAUGCAAAGAAAGAUAAGAAAAUGACAAAGAAAGACACCAAGAAGAAGGAUGCAAAGAAGGACACAGAGUCUACUGAUGCAGAAUCUGUAGACUCAAAGGAUGCAAAAAAAGAUCCAAAGAAUGCUAAGAAAGAUUCAAAGAAAAAGGAUGCAAAGAAGGAUGCAGUGUCUACUGAUGCCGAAUCUGAGUCUGAAUUGGAGUCAAAGAAGGAUAAGAAAGAUGAAAAGAAGGAUAAGAAAGGUUCAAAGAAGGAUGACAAGAAAAAGGAGGCAAAGAAGGACACAGCAUCUACUGAUGCUGAUUCUGAAUCUGAAGGGAAUGCAAAAAAGGGUAAAAAAGAUGAAAAGAAGGGUAAGAAAGAUGACAAAAAGCAGUCUGCAAUGAAGUCUGAAGAGUCUACUGAAACUGAAUCUGAUUGGGAGUCAAAGAAGGAUAAGAGUGAUUCAAAGGCUAAGAAAGAUUCAAAGAAAGAUGCCAAAAAGCAAGAUGCAAAGAAGGACAUGGAGUCUACCGAUGCUGAAUUUGAUGCGUCUUCCAAGAAAGACCCAAAGAAAUCCAAAAAGUUAAAAAGUUCAGAUGCAGAAUCUGAAGAGUCACUUUAUAAACCUGGGGCUAAAAAGAGAGGAGCUGAUGAAUCAGAUGCCACAUCUACAGAUUCAAAGAAGGAAGCGCUGGAACUAAAGAGAGAAUUCAAAAUAUCAUCCAAAAAGACUACAUUUAAAGAAAAAGGAAAAAAAAGUGCAAGUGGAAUUCCUCCAUCAAGAGAAAGACCACCACUACCACCUUGUGAGCCUUUACUACCAUCACCGAAGGUCAAACGUCUCUGUCAGUGCAAGAUGCCUCCUCCACCUCCAAAACCAAGAUAUGCUCCUUUGCCUGAAGCAAAGUGGAUUCAUAAGCUGCUUUAAAGAACAACUGAACACUUGGUUUCACAGAAUGGCCUUACCACAGUAAACUCUAGCUACUCUCAAAUGAGCAUUUCUA